AUGAUUUUACUUGAGGAUGGUCCUAAAAUUGUGAGGCAGCCCCAAAGGAGGCUUAAUCCUUUGAUUCUCGAUGUUGUGAAGAAAGAGGUAACCAAACACUUGCAAGCAGAUAUCAUUUAUCCUAUCUCUGACAGUUACUUUAAGAUUCAUAUUGCACAAGAAGAUAAAGAAAAGACAACUUUGACGUGCCUAUUUGUGUUUAUGGAUGAUUUCACUCUUUAUGGUUCUUCAUUUGAUGCAUGUUUGAACAAUUUAAAUUUAGUUUUAGAGAGAUGCAUCAAAAAUGACCUUGUUUUAAACUAUGAAAAAUGCCAUUUUAUGGUCGAACAUGGAAUUGUCCUGGGUCACAUAAUUUCUAAAAAAGGAAUUUCAGUAGACCUUGCCAAGGUUGAUAUUAUUUUUACACUGCCUUACCCAUCUUGCAUUCGCGAGAUUCGUUCUUUCCUUGGUCAUGCAGGUCCAUCUAUGACACAAAUUCACAAACUCAAGAGUGAUGCCAAAUAUUAUAUUUGGGAUGAUCCAUAUCUUUGGAAGUUUGGUAGUGAUCAGUGGGUGGAAGCUAUUCCCACCAGGACUAAUGAUUCUAGAGUUGUUGCAUAUUUUGUCAGGUCCAAUAUAUUUUGCAGGUUUGGAAUUCCCUGA